GUUUUUUUUAUAUCUCUAUUUUUUUUAGACAUUCUUUUUUCUUUUUGCUUGUUAUUCAAACCAUUUUUACACAUCGUUCUGUUUACUCCUAACUUGUCAAGUCAUAACCACCAAUCCUCGCUCUCCUUAAAAACUCGUUCAUAAUAAAACAAAAACCUUUUCACCGUUUUAUAACACUUCCCCCUUGUCCUUGCCUUUUUCCUAAAUGGCGCUCAAGUUCGAACUGGAACAAUGGCAAAACGCAUGCAAUGCCUUUGACAGCAAAGAUUAUGAUACUGCCGUAAAAGCAUUCAUUACCAUGGCCGACAAUGCCAAGAUGCAUUUCAAUAUUGGUCUCAUCUUUGCUACUGUAAACGACCAUGAACGUGCGCUGGCCGCCUACAGUCGAGCCAUCAGUAUGGAUCCGUAUUUCGCCGUAGCCUAUUUCCAGAAAGGAGUGUCGCAAUUUAUCUUGAAUAACAUGAAUGAAGCUAUGCAGGAUUUUGACAACGCUUAUCAGAAAUUGCGUGGCAACCAGAUCAUUAAUUACCAACAGUUGGGGCUGGCUUUCCGACUUUAUGCUUGCGAAGUGUUGUUCAAUCGAGGCAUCUGCCAAUUAUAUCUUGGCAAAAUCGAUGCCGGUUUAACCGAUCUAUACCAUGCACAAAAAGCCAAAAUGACCGAAGAACAUGAUGUCAUUGAUCAGGCGGUGCGUGAUCGAGGGAAAGGGUAUUCGGUGUAUUCCAUUCCUCCCGGCGUGCUCUAUCGACCACCGGAAAGCCGAUUACGUCAACUCCACGGCAUGGAUAUGUUUUCCAUGGUCGAUAAACUGGGCAUCAACAAAGCCAACAAACACGGCAUGUCCCCCAUGAAAUUAAACAACUCUGUAUUACUCUCCGAAUCACGCUUCAAUACAUCACCAUCACAACAACAGCAACAACAACCAUCGCAACCACCACAAGACCAUUUACAUCAUUCUUCAUCCGAUCAGUCCGUUCGAGGCCUCGCACGUUUUGCGGGUCCGUCAUCGCAAGCCAUGAGUCGCAUCGCGACCGACAGUGGAACGUAUAAAUCGUCGGGAUAUACCAGUCGACCCGCCACCCCUCCCACCCUUUACACAGAAGCUCCCAUCCCCGUGUCCUCCGUUUCCUCCCCGCUCUACGCACGGCAGCCCCAGCAUACAUCCGUACGAUCGCAAUAUAGUCCCACCAACGAACGACGAAGAAAGGAUUCCAAUGUCACCAUGUACACCACCGCCACCGACGAAUGGGCUGACAGUUCCCAACCAUCCACGGCAUCCACGGCCUCCUUCAGUUCCAGUUUCCGAUAUAAAUCCGAUGGACGACGUGUAGACAGCGGGUUUGAAUCCGCGCAUGAAGAAAGGUACUCAUCGUCUUCAUCCACCGGUCGCAAUUCCACCCGAAGUCAUAAAACUCGCGGCUACUCGCCUCCGCCCGUGCCUCCCAUUCCCCGCAGUCAGAGUGCGUAUGAUGAUUUUGAUACAUUGAGUUACGGUCAUUUCGAUCAAGCGUUGGAUGAAGUGUAUGGAUCAUUGGAAAGCAUGACCGUGCAGGAUCGAGAACGUGAACGGAUUCGAGGACGUUUGAAUAGUAACAAUCUCCAACAACCCGUGACGGAUCGUCGCGGAAGUGAACAAAGUGGCAACAGUGCCAAUUCAUUCAGACCCUUCACCCCGCAACCUUCGACGUCGGCAUCCACUACGGCUUCAGGAAAGGAAGGCGUCAUGGCCGGUCGAUUGAAAAUCAAGGUCCAUCAUACCGAUACGCGCAUUUUACUGGUACCAAGUACCAUCACAUUUGACGAUCUUUUAUUGCGCAUUCGCGAAAAAUUUAAAGCACCACCCACCAUGCGGCUCCAAUACAAAGACGAAGACGAUGAAAUGGUGCUUAUGAUUGACGACGAGGACCUUAAUAUGGCACGACAAAUCAAUCGACUGAGGAAUGGCAUGGAAAAGAUGGAGAUCUGGUGUGUAACAUAGUCAACUAUUUUUUUUUUAGAUCCGUUUCAUUUUUUUGGGAGAGUGGCGUUUGUUUUUUAUUAGCGUGAUUUUGGAUGUUAUCACGUUCGUAUUUUCUUUUUGUGCGAGUGUUUUUCCGAUUCCAAAAAAGAUACAAUACUAAGCCUAUGGUAAUUAAUCAAUACAGUACAUCAUCUUUUUUCUAAAAGAGAAAAAAAACAGCUAGGGCGGGAUCGUGCGUUAUGUAAUAUACCCUUUUCCCACUGGCUUUUCCCAUCACAUGAUAAAAAAG